AUGAGGCGCGAGAGUAAUAUCUUCGGAAGCAGAGGUGUGCCGUUCCCGCCGUCACACAAGUUAACAUGUUCGGAGGUGUUCGACCCGAAGACAGGCAAGCCAAAGUUCGAGUGGCUCAAGAACCACUUCAUCCUGGAGGGCCGCAUCGAGGAGGCCGCCGCCCUCCGCAUCAUCAACGAGGGCGCCGCGCUCCUCCGCCAGGAGAAGACCAUGAUCGAUAUUGAGGCGCCCGUCACAGUGUGCGGCGAUAUCCACGGCCAGUUUUACGACCUAAUGAAGCUCUUCGAGGUUGGAGGACCCCCAAACUGUACCAAAUAUCUCUUCUUAGGCGACUAUGUAGACAGGGGCUACUUUAGUAUAGAGUGUGUGCUGUAUCUAUGGGCCCUAAAGAUAUGCUACCCUAACACCUUAUUUCUAUUAAGAGGAAACCACGAAUGUAGGCAUUUAACAGAGUACUUCACAUUUAAACAAGAAUGUAAGAUCAAGUACAGUGAGCGGGUGUAUGACGCCUGCAUGGAGGCCUUCGACUGCCUCCCCUUGGCCGCCCUCAUGAACCACCAGUUCUUGUGUGUGCACGGCGGCCUCUCCCCCGAGCUGCACACCCUCGACGACAUCAGGAAACUGGACAGGUUCAAGGAACCACCUGCAUUUGGCCCCAUGUGUGACAUUCUGUGGUCAGAUCCUCUAGAGGACUUCGGGAAUGAGAAAAAUGCAGAGCACUUCUCACAUAAUUCUGUACGAGGUUGUUCUUAUUUCUAUAGCUAUGCAGCCUGCUGUGACUUCUUACAACACAACAAUCUCUUGUCCAUAAUCAGAGCUCAUGAAGCUCAAGAUGCAGGGUACCGCAUGUAUCGUAAAAGUCAAACAACAGGAUUCCCCUCCCUUAUUACAAUAUUUUCUGCUCCAAACUACCUGGAUGUGUACAAUAACAAGGCUGCCGUUUUGAAGUAUGAAAAUAAUGUGAUGAACAUCCGACAAUUCAACUGCUCCCCUCACCCUUACUGGCUGCCAAACUUUAUGGAUGUUUUCACCUGGUCACUUCCAUUUGUUGGAGAGAAGGUCACGGAGAUGCUGGUGAACGUGCUCAACAUCUGUUCUGACGAUGAGCUCAUGGAUGGAGAGGAAUCCAUUGAUGAAGCAACAACAGUGCUAAUUGUGCCGGAAAAAGGAGCCAUGCGGAAGGAGGUCAUCCGGAACAAGAUUCGUGCCAUUGGCAAGAUGGCUCGUGUAUUCUCAGUUCUAAGAGAGGAGAGCGAGAGUGUGCUACAACUGAAGGGCCUCACUCCUACUGGUGCUCUCCCACUUGGAGCUUUGUCAGGAGGAAAGGCAUCUCUCAAAAAUGCUAUGGCUGGUUUCUCACCAAAUCACAAGAUCACAUCAUUUGCGGAGGCUAAAGGGUUAGACGCCAUGAAUGAGCGCAUGCCACCCCGAAAGGAUGCCCCAGCCAUACCACAGCCUGUUGCGUCAUCGCCGGCUGCAGCGGAAGAUGCAGAAAAAUCCAAUUCCUCCAACACAGCACCCAACACCCACUUGUGAAACCCACAGCCUCAGGUGGCUAUAAUUUAUUAGAACACUGUUAAUACUUAAAGUACUAGUAGAAGAUAAAGCACAUUAGACCUUAUUUUUAUUAUUUCUCAAAUUCACAUCAUUACGUUUUCUCCAGUCACAACUUCCAUUCACUGGGAUUUUACUACAAAAUAUAUAAUAUAUAUAAUUCUUAUAUUAGUUCUAAUGUUUUCUUCCAGACUGACUUGGAUGCAUUUAAUUGUAAUAAAUACCUAAAGUUUUGUCCAUGAAAAAUUUCCUUUUUCUUUGCACCCAUUACAUGCUGAUCAUACAAACAGGUUGUUAGAGCUUUUACAGUAAGGCAUGAGAAAGCACCAGAAGACCCUCCAUUUCCGAGUUUCUUUAAACCAUUAUUAAGGAAUACACAAUAUAUACACAACAAUAAAAUAAUAAAGCACCACCUUGAUUCGUAACACUUCCUUCCUUAUAAUUAACUGAUCUCAGUUAUUCUCCACCUUUUUUAGUCUUAUGAGGUUCAGCACUGAUAACUUCCCAGUGUGCCCCAUAUAUUGCUGGUGCUUUUUAAAUAUUUUUCUGGCUCAUGAAAACAUUCUAAUCUCUGUUCUUUAACAUUUUGAAGCUGGAGGUGCUGGUGUCUUACUGUAAAUUAAUAUAUAAUUAAGUUAAUAAUCAUUAAAACUUUAUUUUUAUUAUUAUCAAUAUUUCUGGAAAGAAAUCUGACCAUUGGUUAUGAAAAAUCCAAACAUAAUACACAUCCCUGACAACCAGAUUACAGUUCAGCAUCAGUUGUGUAGAUCUUUUUUUAAAAAAAUUUCAUGUACUUGUUUAUAGAAAGUCUGUAAGGGAGAAUCUUGGAGCAAUGGCGAGUUAUGUUAACCUGUAGAUAUGCAGCUUUGUCCUGUUUUGUUGCAGUGAAUGAACAGUUUUCCCUCACUUGAUUUGUGAGCAUUAGGAAUUAUGCCACACUCAGCAUUCCCUACAUAUCAUGGUUUAUUAUGUUUCUACAUAUUUCCUUAUUUUUCCAUAAAGAUAAGGGUUAUCUUCAUGCUAUCCAUAUAUACGUCAGUCCUCAUGAGGGGCAACAUCAGUGUUGCUCAGAAGUGCCAAACUUUUCCUGGUAUGGUGUAUAUAAAUUCAUGGCAGAAACUUCAAAGGCAUUAUAAUGAUGUAGGAUAUUGAUGUUAUAUUCAAACUAGUACAUUGGAAGUCAGCUAUUAUCAAAUUAAGUAAGAUACACAGGAUAGCUUUGGUAGAGAGGAAACAGUUCAUGAGUCUUGAAUUAGAAUGCUACAAGUGCCAUCAAAGGGGUGGUGAACAAGAUGGAAUUUGUGGGUUUAGUAUGUUCUUUGAAAUGCUUGUUUAUAAAAAGUUUGUGUGCUCUUAUGAUUGAAAAUGCUAUCAGCUGAGUAUUUCUUCAGGCAUCCAUGAAUGGUCUGGUUGGUAUGUAUAAGAAUUUGGAAGCCUCAGGUCUAAGAAUUAUUUUUUACCAUUCAUAACAUUUAAACCAGUCACUGCUUAAUGUUUUGUAACUUUUUUUUUUUUAAUGUUGCCACUUUAUUUGUAAGCUAAUUUAUUUGACUGUCAAAAAUGUCUAAUAGAGCAACUGCAGUGUUACAAAGCUGCUGGAACAGGUAACUGUCCCUGUGGUACUGAGAAUGGAGUAAACUUUCUCCCCCUCCCAAAAUUACAAAUCACAGGGGUAAAAAGCUCAUGGGUAGUCUCUAGGAGCAUUGCCAAGUGUAGCUGAACUUGUCAGUUAUAGUAUGAAUACUAGAUGGAAAAUUAGUCAGUGAAGGUUUAGUAAUAUAAAAAAAUUAAUGCAAGCAAAAUGUCUUAGCAAAAUUAAAUGUUCGUCAGUGUAUACAUUGGCUAGGAUAGUUAGAAGAUUAAUUUGUACUUUUCUCUAAUUCUUUUUAGGAAACUAUUUGUGACCAUUUUCCAAAGCAUUCAUUGAAAGAAAACUACUUAGACAUGUAAGAUAUUCAGCCCAAAGACCCAAAUUAUCACAAUGAAAGCUUUAUAGAGUGUUGGGUUUAAUUUAUUGUUUCAUUAUACUCAUUUUCUCAUAUUAAUUGAUGUGAAGAAAUCAUUUGUAUUCAAAAAUAAUAUUUAUGCAGUAUUAAGGUUUUGAUCAUUAUCACUAGUAGUUUUUGGAAUGAUCACGUGACAUUCAUUAAGAUACACAUUUUGAUAACUAAGUACUCCUGCCAGCUGAUUACUUGCACAUCACAUGAGCUGCUACUCUAGCCCCAGACCACUCAGCUCUGUGAAUGGCCACUGAAUAGUUUUUGCAAAUUUAUUGUUUAAAACUCUAACUCCAAAUGCUCACACAAAAAAACUGUCAUGAUAAUUUCAAAUGACAUUAAUUUUACUGAACAAUGUAUGAGCAUUUCUACUGGUUUGAGAUUCAAAGGAUGAAUGAACAAGGGAACUGACUGUGCAUUGCAGUGUACUAGACUGGUUCCACUCAGGUGAAAGUAAGUGACAAGUUGAAAUGAUAAAUUUUCUGUAUACGGUGAUGUGCAUCGAGCAUGUCUUAAAUAUCUUAUUUCUUUGUUCAGAACUGUUCUUGGCUUUUGUGAAGAGGCUUUAGGAUUGAACAUGCAUAGGAAUGAUUGUAUGUGAAUGAUUUGUGACUUAUGAGUAUAUAAGAGAUGCCAUCUCACUGGAAGAGGAUUAAAGAAUGUGUUAGGGUUUAGGGUAGGUCAACAUUGCUGAGUGUAGAGGAGUUUUAUUACCUGGGAGACAUGCAGUGUAGGAAGUAGAGAUGUUUUUGCUUAUGUUGCAAGUGCAGGAAUAGGUUUUCAGGAGCAAAACAAUUGAGAGUAGCAGAAUACAGCUAUCAGGGAAAACACUCAGUUCAAAUCCAGCCCACACACAAAAAAGUUAGAAUGAGAAUAGCAAUGGAGUGGACCAGUUUUGGUAAACGGUAAUAUCAUGAUUAGCAAGCUGCCACUCUCCCUAUCCCAACAUAUGGGUCAGAAGCUUGGAGCCUCACAAGAGAUUUAGCAAGAGAGCUAAGAAACCCACUGAAUGGAGAGAAAAAUGUUAGGUAAAACACGUAGAGAAUAUCUUAAGAAUAAGUGGAAUUGGAUAUAGAAUUGAUAACAAAUGGGCUAAAAGAGUAACAGAGUGGCAACCAGAAAUUGUGGCAGACACGGGAGGCACAGGAUCAGGUGGGAAGAUAAAAUUAGAGUGUUCAUUAGAGCAGGAUGGAGUACAUUAACAUCAGAGAGAAAAGUGGAAAAUGCUGGGAAAGGCCUUUGUCCUGCAUUAGACUAGUAAUAGCUGAAGGUGAGAGAAGAUGUGUGAAGAAGUCAAAAAAGGCUAGGUGAUGCAAGAAAUUUACUUCUUUGCAACAAAAGUUACUGAAUAUUUUGAUGUCACACAUCUUUUCUGUGCAGUGAAACUAUGCAUCAGAUGGAAAUCUAUGGUUUCACACAUUAGUUUAAUGGUGUGACUGAUAGUGCUGCUUAUUUUCAUCGGGCAGAAAAUUUUGACCUGGAUCAUUGUGGGUUUUUAGUUGGUAUAAAUUGUAGCAGGCAAAUACAGGAAAUUGAACAAUGUGAUAUUACUGUAAAAAGAAACCGAUAUAUUAGCAGGAAAACAGACAGUGAUGACCUACAAGAUGGCUGCAUAUGGUAAAAGAAUGUGAAAUCUCUCAUGGCAUGUGGAAUAUGAAUAUGCUAAUGACUGACUUGACUAAACAACAAAACUUAAACAAAGGAAGGUGUACAUCUUAGGAGUACACCCCUCAUUUACUGACUAACCUAUGCCUGAAAGACAUUACAUUGACAUUUUUGUGUUCAUAGAAUGUUGCAGUGGUUUAAUUUUUAUAAAGACCAGCAAAAAAGAGGCUGACAGCAACACAUCAAGCAGUGGUGGCGCAGUGACCUGUUCCCUUCCCCAUAAUGAGUAGGGAACAUGGAAAACAAUCAUACCAGUUGAAGCUGUUCAAUACAAUAUUUUUUUUGUUUAUGCAUUGAGCCAAUUCAACCGCCCCAAUCUGUCUUGUGAAGACAUUUUGAUCCUACUUUUUGUUUGAUAUCCAUUUCAAAAUUAUUGCAGGUUUGAUUUAUACCUGAGAUAUAAGGAUUAAGGAUACCUGUCUACAUGUGUCCAGCAUAUUGUAAAAGACGACUAAAAGGGACCGAGCUGUCCUACAGGAGUUGAGGUUGGGAACACAAACCCCCUCAAUUAUUUUUGCUUCAGAAACUCAAUGAAAUAGAAAUUUCUAAAAAGGGUGUCAGAUAAUGGAUGAUGAUGAUCACAUGAUAUGUGAAAUAUUUAUCAUAUUAACUUUUAACUGAAUCACACUGUUUGAAUGCCAGGUUCAGGAGUUUAAAUUUAUGGUGUACCACAAGAGACCGGUCUGAAAAUAAUUAGAAUUUGAGAAGCAGGUAACCUUUACUUCAUAAUGUAACACCAUUUCAAGUCUUAGUAAAUGCAAAGUGGUUUGGAGCACUCAUAAAUAGUUUGCUAUGGACCCUUCAUUACCAUCUCUGGCACUUACUGCAGAACAUUGAAGUUACUACUAUUCUCAUGUAAAGUUGGAUGUUACAUUGCAGUUAAACUGAGUAAAUAUAUUAGGGUUACAUAAUUUCAAACCGUAUGUGCAAUAAAAGGUUUUUCCAGUAUUGCAUCAGCUAUUUAUAACUUAUUUAAUCUAUAACAACAAUACUGCACUCCUAUCUCUGUUUAAAUAUUACUGAGAUCUACCUAUAUCUUGUACAGAAGAGCACAAUUCUACCCCACUUAUCAUUAUUAAUACCAUAUGUUGUAGACAAUAAUUGAAGGGUAACUCUGAAUGUACAUACUUAUAACUUACUCCUUGCAGUAACUGGGAAUGUACAUAGUUAUAGCUUGCUCUCUUUCUUUUAAUGAAUGCUCACAACUCUGAUGUGACAGUAUCAAUUAAUUUCUGGAAAUUUAUGAUUGUCAAAUUGCAAGAUUUUCCCAGUUUCAAAACUUUCAGUAUGCUGAAUGAAGUAUUCAAAAUACCAAACAGUUGCUUCAAAACUUUGUAAUUGUGACCAAAUAUAUACCAGACCUAGAAAGUUUGCACUAGGAGUGGCCUCAA